AUGUUUAUAUUAUAAUUUAUUCUUGGAAUAAGAGACUCUCUUCUUUUUCGGAGCAACAUAUAGAGAUAUAUAUAUCCAAAGGAGAAUGUGGGAUUAGUUGAAUUGAUGAAGAAACUGUUUAAAUAAGAGAUUAGCAAAGAGUGUCCAGAAAGUGAAGUGAUUGCAGAAAAAACAUUUGAAAGCAUGAAAUAAGCAUUAAAAUUCAUUGGUUGGAUGAUUCUUUAUUACAUAGUUUAAUGGCAAUUAAGUUAUGUAAUAGGGGAAAUAGCAUCAUCCUUAUUUUAUUGGAUUGCAGUGAUUGCUACAUAUUCUAAAUUUGCAGCAGGUAUGUGGAUUAGGACUUAAGAAGUAACAUAAGAAGCAAUAAAGAUGGAAUCUAAUUUUUAUUUAAAUAGAUCAUUUGUUAGCUAUUAAAUAGAUGAAUCCGAAGUUUUAUUAAUGCUUGAUUAUUCUGUUACUAGGAUCAUAUUUAGUGUGUUGUUUCAACUCUAAUCAAAUAUCUUGUGUUUUGUAAUAGGAAAUUAUUUACCAUUUCCAAUAAAUCUAUUAAAAAUUCCUAUUUACUCUUUAUUCAUUUCUAUUCAAAAUAUAUCAGCUAAAAUACAAUAUAAAAAACAUUUAGCUUAUUACUAUAGUCAAAAUGUAGGUUAUUUAAUUGGUCUUAAUUUUUUAUUCUCUUGUUACCUACAUAUAUCAUCAUUUCCUUUUUUUACAGGAAUUUUAUGGUUUAUAAUGCCUUUAUAUUUGUUAAAUGCUAUUCCAAUAGAACCACCUAGAUUUGAAUAGGACAUUGAAAAGUUAUAAUUAAAACAUUACUGUAAAAUUUUUAGUUCUUCUGGAUACAAUCAAUUAUCAAUUUAAAGAGAUUCUUAUGUAACACAUCUUAAUGUAUAAUUAUAAUUCAUUAUAUUUAGAAAUAUUUUAAUGAUUAAAAUUAUGCAUCUAUUUGUGAAAAAUAAAUUUCUUAUAUUUCAAUGCCAACACUACUUGUACCUUAAUUAUUGAAAUUCUUAUAGAUGUUCAUUUCAAAACUACAAGGACACUAACAUCAAGAUUGA